UAUAAUCUACAGUAAAGACAUUUGAAUUGUUUAUUCAACGGAUUUAUACAAAUUAUUAAACUAAAUCUAAUUUUAAUCAUCAAACACAGUCAAGAAUGGAUGCUGGAAAUAAAGAACAACAGCCUCUAAAUCCACGAACCAACGCAAAUAUCUUUGAAAUCUUUACGUUUAGCUGGAUUUUUAAACUUUUCAAAGUUGGUCGAAAAAGGGAUUUAGAAUUCAAUGAUUUAUAUAUACCUCUAAAUAAUGACAGAUCGUCGUUAUUAGGAAUCGAAUUAAAGAAGAGAUGGAAAAUCGAGAUGGUUAAUGCAAAUAAUAAUUAUAGAGAGCCUAGUUUGCUAAGGGUAUUAGUUCGAAUGUUUGGUGUUAAAUUUGUAUUAUAUGGAAUAAUACUAGCAUUUGUUGAAAUUUUUUUAAGAAUGUCUCAACCUAUACUUAUUGGUGGAUUAUUAGAAUAUUUUAGCCCUGAAAAGUCUAAUAUCAAAGACUUGAAUCAUGCAUACUUUUAUGCAUCUGGUCUAUUGUUAAACAUGUUGGCUAAUAUAAUAUUGUUUCAUUAUUCACAAAUGGAAAUGUGUCAUCUCGCAAUGAAGAUUCGAGUGGCUUGUUGUUCAAUAAUAUAUAAAAAGGCAUUGCGAUUAAGUAAAACAUCUCUAGGAGAAACCACAAUCGGUCAAGUGGUAAACUUGUUAUCAAAUGAUGUAAAUCGGUUCGAUAUAGCAUUUUUAUUUAUACACUUUUUAUGGAUCGGACCUCUGCAAACAAUUUUAGUCACAUAUUUUUUGUGGCAAGAACUUGGCGUAUCAUCAUUAAUUGGAGUGGCUAUAUUUCUUGUAUUUACUCCACUACAAGGAUGGCUGGGAAAGAAAACUUCCGAAUAUCGGUCAAGAACAGCCUCUAGAACCGACGAAAGAGUAAGGUUGAUGAACGAAAUAAUAUCAGGUAUACAAGUAAUAAAAAUGUAUACUUGGGAGAAACCUUUUGCAGUGCUUGUACAAUUAGCAAGAAAGAUGGAACUUAAACAUAUUAGAGGUGUGUUAUUCAUCAGAGUAUUUUUACAAUCUUUUAUAAUAUUUCAUCAAAGAUUGACGUUGUUCAUAAGUAUUUUGUCAUACAUAUUAUUAGGAAACUACAUCAACGUACAAAAAAUUUUUAUCAUAUUAUCGUAUUUAAAGAUAUUGACAACAAUGACAGUAUUUUUUCCACAAGGUAUUUUAACGUUAGCCGAAAUGUUAAUAUCCAUUAAACGCAUUCAGGCAUUUUUCCUACAAGACGAACAAAACGAAAAAAAUAAAAAUAAUAAACCACGGCCUUUAAAACCAGAAGCAACAACGAUAAAUAGUAUUGAAAUGUUAAAUUUUAAUAGUGAACAUUUUGCAACGAUAAAAAAUGGUAAUGAAAAAUAUACCGACCAAUCGAAUACUUUUGGAAUAGACGUUUCAAAUGCAACGGCUAAAUGGAUACCAAAUCAACCCGAUAACACAUUAAAUAACAUUAAUUUAUCCAUUAGACCGGGGCGGUUGGUUACGAUUAUUGGACCCGUAGGAGCCGGAAAAAGUUCAUUGAUUCAAGCGAUUUUAAGAGAAUUACCACUCAGCGAAGGAAGUAUUACCGUAUCUGGUACAGUAUCAUACGCAUCUCAAGAACCAUGGUUGUUUAACGGUUCAAUUCAGCAGAAUAUACUUUUUGGUUCGCCGAUGGAUUAUAAUCGUUAUAAUGAAGUGAUAAGAGUAUGCGCGUUGAAAACCGAUUUCAAACAACUUCCGUAUGGCGACAGAUCUUUAGUAGGAGAGAGAGGAGUUUCACUUAGUGGAGGUCAAAGAGCGAGAGUAAAUCUAGCGAGAGCUGUAUAUAAACAAGCCGAUAUUUAUUUAUUAGACGACCCUCUGUCUGCUGUUGACAUGCACGUCGGAAAACAUUUAUUUGAAAAAUG